AUGUAUUUCAAAAAACAAGGCACCAUGAAACGAAGCCUUAUUCACUCCAUCUUUUCGGUACCACCACCAGCUCAACAACAACAACGAAAUCCAUCUCUUUCUUCAUCAACCACCAAACGAACGUUACUUACGAACGGAUUCUUCCAAAAGCACCUCAAGCCUAACGAUGAAAAAAUGCAAACGACUGCUCCCCCAGAACAUUACCAGCAGCAGCAUCACGAGCUUCAUCCACAGACGGAAGAGCUCGAACGACCACCGUCGGAAUGUGCAUCAACAUCAUCAUCAGGUUCUUUUAGUGGUUUAUCAUCGCGAAUAGAGGUCAUUUGUCGAUUUCGGCCGCUUAACGAGAUGGAACGAGAGCAUGAUCCCGAAAGCUCGGUAAUAUCGUUUGAAGAUGGAGAUGAAAACACUUGUAUUUUUAAAUCAAAAAGAGUUGUACAUAAUUUUACAUUUGACAAAAUAUUUAAUGAUCACUCGACACAGGAAGAAAUUUUUGAAUUUGUUGGAAAACCUGUCAUAGAGGAUGUUUGUAAAGGAUAUAAUGGCACAAUAUUUACAUAUGGUCAAACUGGCUCUGGUAAAAGCUUCACAAUGAUGGGAGCAGGUGAGGAUAUCAAAGGUUUCUCUGAUCAUCCAAAGCUGAAAGGUAUUAUACCUCGAUCCAUUGACUAUUUAUUUCAGGUAAUAGAAGAAAAUUCAGAUGUUUCGUAUACCAUUGACGUCUCCUUUAUUGAGAUCUAUAUGGAGAGAAUUAAGGAUUUAUUGGACCCUGUUCAAAAACAAUUAAAAAUUGAGAGAAAGGAGCCAAAAGGUGUAUUUGUGAAAGGAGCCAAGGAAGUUCGAGUGCACACAAGCAAAGAAAUAUUUCACUUGUUGAAAAAAGGAGCCUCACAUCGAGUAAUUUCUUCAACACGUAUGAAUUCUGAAAGUUCUAGGUCACACACAAUAUUUAUUCUUUCCCUAAGUCAAAAGAAUCGUACAACAUCAGAAACAAAAUAUGGCAAAUUAAUUCUUGUAGAUCUUGCAGGGAGUGAAAAAACAAAGAAAACCGGUGCGGUGGGGACAACACUGGAGGAGGCAAAACAAAUUAACAAAUCGCUCUCAGCAUUAGGAAUGGUUAUUUAUGCACUCUCAGAUUCUAGCGGAAGCAAGCACGUACCUUAUCGAGAUUCUAAAUUAACAAGAUUAUUAGAAGAUUCAAUAGGAGGAAAUUCAAGGACAAAGCUAAUCAUAAAUUGCUCAAUGAGUACUUUAAACGACGAAGAAACCUUAUCGACCUUACGCUUUGGGUCAAGAGCAAAAAGAAUCCAAAAUAAGGUGAAAGUGAAUCGAGAGUUAUCACAAAAGGAGCUCAAGUCAAUGCUCGAUAAGGCAAAAGAAGAAGUGUUGCAAUUACGACAAGUAAUUAAUUCGCUCAAGGUACAACAAAAAGAAGACGAGAAUAUUGAAAAACUGAUCAUUAGACAAGAAAUUGAUGGUGUCACAAAGGAAAAGGAAAAACUGCAAGAAUUAUUGGAGGAGCUUUCCGAUCUUGCGAAGAGAGGAAGUGCUGAAGUUUUGAAGAGCAAGGUACUGCGUUCCGCUUCAAUAGUUCAUACGCACAAAGGAGAGAAUUACGCACCGAGAAGGCGAUCCAUGAUUGUGGGUCGUUUGAAUCGAGGAAUGGAAGGGCUUGAGUGCACCUCACCUCUUGGAUUUUAUGACAAGAACGAAAGCUUUUCUGAAACAUCUUCAGUCGCUGAUGAAGAGGAUGACAUUGAAGCUUGGACAGAAUUCCAAGAAUAUGUAGACAAGAUUGACAAACUGCAAUUGGAGUGUUCGAAUCUGACGCAACAGAACUACAAGUUAGAACAGCAAAUGGCAGCGCUGACAGAUAGGAAUCACGCUCUUGAACAGCUCUUGCGCCAAACGCAAAACGAACGAGAUAUGUGGAAACAAGAGGCUUUAGACGUUUCUGACGUUCUGAAUCGAACGCUACAAAGCAAAAUCCAAGACUCGAUACGUAAUCAGAAUACAAUGAACAGUAACAUUAAGGCAAUUGAGAUGUUAACUCUGGAGAUGAAGACCCUGCAAAGCCAAGUAUGCUUUUUUGAUAUUUCAACCCGAUCUACCCUUAAAGAAUGUGGUGCUUUGAUGUUUACGCUAACCAAAAGUGGCUUAGUUAAUAGAGCAUCUUCCCCGCAUCUCGUACCGGCGUCUCCUAAUAGCAGGAGUCAUCCAAACCUGUUGAAUAUUAAGCUGUGA